GACGCGAAACAUCUAUUUAGUAGCUGCGAUGGUUGUAAAGAAGAUACUAUCAUUGGACUGCGCUGGCACUGUUUAGAUUGUCCCAGCUAUGAUCUGUGUAGCAAGUGUUAUAUGAACGAUGUCCAUGAUGUCAAUCAUCGCUUUGAACGAUUCCACAAGAGUCGCGCCAAAGGGUAAGUUGCCAAACGAACAGGUCAGCGGCCUGUACGUCCAUGUAAACGGAUCGAUGUCAACAAUAUUCCAUUGUUUUAAAUCAACUUUAACUUCAUUAUCUCUCGCCAAAGAAACAAAACGUUAUUUGCCGUCAGAACCCGAUCAUAUAUAACUUUAAUAUGUCUUAUUAUGUAACAUCGCAUUAUCUAUUAAGUUUGGUUUCUUUCUCUUUUGUUGCUCUUUUUUUUUCAAUGAGAAUUGACUUCAAAUGGAAAAGGGUGAGCUCCAAGACGUCACGGUUCCUGUAGCGGUCCAGCCUCUGGACUCUAAUAGGGAUUUAAUAAUGUUUCUUGUGACUAAUUUUCUUACUUCAAUUUAACAACACUUUUGUGAGUAAUAAACCACUUUUAGUUUUAUUUUGUUGUUCGGAGGUAAAACUUAUGUUUUUCACCGGAAGAAGAUAACAACAGAAUAUCAGCUGAUAUUCUCUUGAAGAGUAUUAAUGAAUUAUAUAUAUAUUCAAUUGCGUCAUCUGAUGCAAAUUUACAGCAUCUGCGUUGGCAAAAGGCAAGGCGCCACUAAGCUUGAAGCCCGCGGAAUGUUUAAAGGAGCAAAAGUAACCAGAGGACCAGACUGGGAAUGGAAGGAACAAGAUAACCAACCUCCUAUGGAAGGCGAGGUAACUGAGGUCACCAACUGGAGUGACGAGACUAAUAAUGAUGCUGUGCGAGUCAACUGGAACAAAGGACCGAAGGAGGACAUUUAUAGAUUGGGAACAAAUGGAAAGGUGACAUGGGCAAAUGAAUUAUUGCUUUUUAUUAUUAUUAUUUUUUAUUAUUAUUAUCAUUAUUACUACUAUUAUCAUCGGUUUCAUAGUAGUAAUAAUAAUUAGUAGUGGUAGUAGUGAAAUCAAUUGAUUUUAAUUAUAAACAGGAUCCAAUUGUUUAAAGUUGUUUCCUGUUGACUUUCUCGCAACUAUAUCUUGAGAAUGAUUUCAUCUUUGGCACUCCUGACCCUAUUUUACAUCUUGAACAUCUCCUCAAGUCAUUUCAAGAAUUCUAUAAUUUAAUUCAAGCUCAGUUUGAGACUGGGUCUCUUCGGAAACUCUUGCAGUCAAAAAAUCCCACACAAUGGAUACCGAUUCUCUAUUUCUAUUUCCUUCUAACUGUAGGUUGACCUCAAGUGUACUUCGCCAGCUGUUGGAGGAUAUUAUUACAGAGAUCACUUACCACCGAUCAAAGUGCAGAUAAGAAAAUCCAAAAGUGGGUUUACGACUGGUGAAAAAGUCUACCUUCAGAAGCUUGCGGUAGUAAAGCUUCAGGAGUUAUCCGCUGGUCAUGGGGGAUGGAACGCAGACAUGGAAAGGGUUCGUUUGGGACUUGUUUUCACGGACUCAUAACACUUUCUAAACUCUUAAAAACGUUUUAAUGUUUAACCCUGAUUUGAGAUUCAGAAAUCGUGGAAAGCCUCAGUAUUCAAUUCCUAAUAAGGACACAUUGGCCCUCCCCUUUGGGUGUACGAUGUCCUUAGUCUUGUGCAUAUCCUCUUAUAUUUAAGCCAAUUUGGUGAAAUGUCGUUGACAACUCGCACUGAAGAAACUGUUUACUUGCAUCCACAGUACAUAGGAAAAAUUGGAGUCGUGCAAGAUUUCACAACCGAUGGUGACGUUGUUGUAGAGUAUCGCGACAGAAGUUGGCGUUACAAUCCAGCAGCUUUGACAAAGGUAAUGCCAACGCAACCAUUUGUCUCGCCAAGAAGUCCCUACUGACAAUUAGUUAACUAUAUCCUUGUUCUGAGAGAGCCCUUAUUGGUUUUUUUUUCAGUUGACGUAAACAUUGGCAUCAGGUAUAUUAGGAGUGGCUUGAGUGAUCAAGAAAUAUCCUACUUUACUUAAUUAUGUCAAAAUUUAUAUCGUUUGUUCAAAGUUAAAACACUUACAAUGUGUUAAAUUUCUGACUGCACACAAUGGACGCUAUGUGAUUAGUGAUAACUUAGAGCAUCAUCAUUCGAUUAACUGGCCAACAGGAAUCAGGGAUAUGGAGUGGGACGGGAAACAAUCCAAGAGCUAGCUAAUGGACAUUUCAGUGUCAUAUAUAUAUAUUAAACACACGAAUAAAGGGGUAAGUUUCUAAAGAAACCGUGGUGCUGCGUCGGUGGGAGAGUAUAGCACGAAGGGUUAACGCUCGAAACGUCAGCUUUUUUACCCUUUACGGUGGCUAAUUUACGUUUUCAAACUCAGUUGUUAACACUAAAUUACCUAUAUUAAACACACUUUGCUAUGCCUGAAGAGCCGCAACAGCGGUGAAACGCGUAGCGCAAAAGCAAAGUAAAAGUUAAAAGAAGACUUUCGUUUUUCAUUGGUUUUAGUAUAUAUAUUUAUAUAUAUUUCCUUUACCCAGAUACAAAAAUUUAAGCAAGGCGAUGAAGUCGUUGUUAAAAGUGAUGAGCACUUAGUGAAAGAACUUCAAAAAGAACAUGCAGGAUGGGACGAGUCUAUGAUAUCAGUAAGUCUAAUUUUUUUAGAUUAGUUUUAAUGUUUAUAUAUUUUAUGGUUUUUAGUUUGGUUAACAUUGUAGGCUUUCACUUGGAAGUAAACGCUAACUCUUGUGGGCAUGUGCGGAAGCUGAAAACUAAAAGAAUUUAAAGAAUGUAAACUAAAAGAAGCUAGAAGAGUAAACGAUAAAAGCCUCAACUCUGGAGCCAAUUAUACGUGUAUCUCCAGAAACUAUUGAAAAACUAAGCAGGUUUAAGAAAAAAUAAUAUGCUACUUUAUUCCAUUUGUAGAUCCUUGGUCGUACUGGAAAGGUAUUGGAAGUUGAUAGUGAUGGUGGUAUAUUAGUGUCAGCAGAAGGUACCACAUGGAUGUUGAGCCCGGCUGCUGUGACUUCUGUAACUGACCCAGACCCCCAGCAGUCAACUGCGUCUGGUGACAUGGGCAGCGAAGAUCCUUUAGGUACAAAGUUAUGGCACAAAAGUAUUGAAAGCCUCAGUAAAGAUGAACAAUCUAAGUCAAAAAGAGUAAAACCCCUGAAGCGCAUGAAAACCGAUUUGUUGAGAGGAUGUCUAAAGUUUUCUCGACCACUCACAAAGCGAGAUGAGCAAUUUAACGUCAUCUAUGUCACUCAACCGAAAACUGCCCCGAGAAAUGAGAAGAAAUAUUCCUCGACAGCACAAGUGAGAAGUAUUAUUCCGGAAAUUUGUCUCCUCACCAUUGCUGUCGACUUUUUUUCUUCAGGGCUUUUCAGUCUCCUUAGAGACUUCCAACGUCAAGCUCAUGAGCAGGAGGACCGCGGCCUUCUGAAUGCUGCACAAAGCGACGACCUCCUGAGACUCAAGGAAAUCUUGGAUGCUAACCCAGAACGGGUACUUUUUUUCUUACAUUCCUUUUACUUUUGCAGAUAGUAUUUACAAGUCUAAAAAGUUUUCUUAAAUCAAGGCAAUAUGAGAAAUAUGAGCAUAAGAAGAGAACUGUACAACUUAGGUUUUAGAAGUGAUAACGAAAAGUUUACUUUUAAAAACUUCUAGAAUCAAAUUUGAAUUUAAUUUGGUGGCGUUUUAGAAAAUUUGACAUGAUCGUUCGGUCUGCACAGAUUGAUGAGCUUGUGGGUGGUCACACAGCUCUUCAUGUGGCAUGUCACCAGGGACAUUGUGACAUCAUUAGAGAACUGCUUGAGAGAGGAGCUGAUAUGGAUGUACUGGUGAGUUAUAAUUUUUUUAUAAUUUUUUUUAUUAUUACUGUUAUUUUUUGUCCCGUUCAAAUUAUUGUAAUUGUUAGUGCUGCACGAGGAGCAUAACAAAGAGACUCAUGAGCGACAAGCUUAGGUUGUUAUUUUGGCAUGCUUGUAUUCUAUUUAUCUCAGUGUUUCAGAAGUGAGACUUCCCUAUUCAUAUACUUUUAUUAAUCAAAAUACAGGAUAAUCAGGGAUACACAGCCAUGCAUGUCUCUACUUACCAGUAAGUUGACAUAAAAAAGGUAAUUUUAAGUUAGCUAGUCAAACUUAUAAUUUGAUUCCGAGAUUACUUUCGGUUCGCUUUCCUGCACCAAACGAUUGCUUUCGAACACUUAGUCAUUCUCUCAGCCAAUUGAGUAGAAAAACAAAAAACCGAAAACCACUAAAAACGAAGUAACUUUGGCUGUGCUUAAAUUCGAAAGCAUGUGAUUGUUGUGCAUGUUCAUUCAUUCGCGAAGAUAUUAUUGUAUGUUCUGACUGGUUCUGAUAGCUUAACAUUUGGUUUUACGACACUUGCAGGAGCCAACGCAAACCAUCUGCAUGUUAUUGCUCAUUUAUCACAUAAACUGCGGUGUUAUACAGGGAUUUCCGACCCUGAGAAAAGCCGUAACAACACACGUCAAGAAAUAUCGUAUUUUUUUCACGUGUGUUGAUAUAGCCAGUCAGUUGCUGAUACGUCACUCGCCUUUGGCGUCACUCGCCUUUGGCGCCACUCGGUCAGGUCGAUGAAUGAACGGCAAAGCCUUCACGAUUCUCAAUACAAGGUAGUUUGUCGGAACUUUCUCAGAUUGUGGCGCUAAAUCACUGAAAAAUCCGUAUCGCUGACAGACAGAGUGGUUCAAACUUUUCUAGAAGGGGAAAAACCAAUAUACUAAAGGAAAAACGGAAUGUCACUUAUUCAGUGACUUUGAUGUUGGCAUUUCCUCGCGGCUGAGAAUGAAAAUCGACAACUGGAAGAUUUGCCACGGGCCGAUUUUGCCCGUUUACCCGAAAGACUUCUCCCGUCGGUAAGGACAAAGUCAAUAAAUGAGAAUUUUAUAAAUUGAAAAUUACGACCAUUGUUGUUUUUGUAAUCGUGAUUCAGCGCAUUUUUCCAUCUUAAGAGCUAGCGCCAACGCACUCUACAAUUGUUAUUUGGGAUUCUCGAUUCAUUUAUUUUCAUUCAUUAAUAAAAUCGGCUUUUCUUGUGAGUAAAGGGUUAUUGUGUUUAUGUGAUAAACAAAAUAAUACAUGUUUGGUUGUAGAUAUGGAAUUCUCUUCUUGUGUUCAACUUGACAUCUCACUCGUUCGCUACGCUAACUCGUGAGCUAUCGAGUUAAAACACUCGAAGAGAAAUUCCAUAUCUACGCGCACCCAUGUAUUAUUCCCUAUAUCUUUUUCCCUUUCCUUUUUUUCUCCAUUUUCAUUCAUCCGCCAAGAUAUUAUUGCAUGUUCUAAAUGGCUCUGAUUGCUUAGCUUUUGGUUUUACGACACUUGCAGGAGCCAACGCAAACUAUCUGCAUGUUAUUGCUCUUAAUUUUUUCCUUUAUGACAGUCACGUGAAAAUUCUUAGGAAAGCAGAAUAAGUAACCUCUUACGUUAAAGUAAAAUGCAAAAAUGCCCGAUGUUUUGUUGUACUCUUAUCCUUAUGAUCAUCCAGAGACGAAAGCGGUGAAGCACUGAAACUGUUACUGGAGAGAGGUUUUGACCCAAAUGUUCAACAUGGAAAUAAUAAGAGCACACCAUUACAUUCGGCUGUGCAAGAAAAAAACGAAACGGCAGUACAGAUCCUAACUCAGUGCCUUGAUUGUGACGUCAAUUUACAGGUUCGUUGGGUCCUUUGAAGAUAUCAGUUUUCCUUGGAAUACAAAUUCCCGAUUCUCGACUGUCCGACUAACUCAGCAAGCAUUUCACAUAUUACUAGGACGAUUUCGUUGCAAAAUUUAAAACUACAAUCCCCGUUGUUUAUUUGAAACGUACAAGAAAAGUCUACGACUGGCAGUCGGAAAGUCCUAAGACUCAACUGUUUUGGCUGUUGCACUGGACUAUUUGACGUUUGCACCCAUUCUUGUUGUUUUCAUCCCAGCAUUUUCGUGCUCAAAUACGCUGCUACCCAAGCUGCCAGUCGAUAAAACAAAGUGGAAAGGCACCAUGUGACUUCUAACAUUAAGCUUGACAAUUUUCAGAACGAGGCUGGUAAUACCCCUCUCCAUGAUGCCAUCCUUGCAGAACACCACAACAUGGUGGAUAUGCUGUUGGACUGCCCGAGAAUUUGUGUCACUCUUUGUAACGGAGAAGGUUUCAAUUAUCUUCAACUCGCUGUUUGGAAAGGAAAUAAACGGUAAAUAUGCCAAAUAUAAUCACAUCACUACUCAGUUAGACAGUUUAGUCAGAGUAAGGGUACGAUAGCCAAAUGAUUCAGGUGUACCCAGACCCAAGGCAUAGUUUUCAACAGAUCAUCGCAGUUCUCGAGGCGUCUGGGUCAUACUUGCUAUCAUAGGGAAUCUAAGCUUAUACGCACACUACGGUCUAACAUGAAGUUCAUAGUCUUCCUGAUCGUUAGAGUCGUUGAUCAUCACUUGGCCUGGUUUUCAUGAAAUGUUGAUAAUUGGGGCGAUGAGUGAUCAGGAGGAAGCCAGACUAAAUCUCAAUCACAAAGUAGUUGUUACGCUGUUACCUAACUUAAUCGCUCUGACAUCCAGUGUAUUCUAAAACUAUUGUGUCAUUUAUUUGCAGCGCCGUGGAAAGAAUUUUUGCCAAAACCGGGAAUUCCUUAAAUGUUGUAAAAGAUAAUGGGUUUACGACCCUUCAUAUUGCAGCAAUUAACGAUCAUCGUGAGAUAGCUAAGAUCCUUUUAAAAAAGGUAAUUUUAUUUUUGAAAAAAAAGUUUUAACGCCUUUUCCCGGUUUUUUUUUUUUUUGCGUGCGAGACUCCCUUUGGGGUUAAACUGCUUUAACAGAAUUGAAAGAGUGUCGUAUGUGUUCAAUCUCGGAACGGAAUACGACUUUCUGUGUGUGGUUAGUUUGGAUAUUCAACACUAUUUUUAAGUCUAUUCUCCCAUUGUAAAAAAGUAAGAAAAAUAGAAGCUCUCAUUUACGGUCAUUUCACUGCAAAAAAUUGAUUGCUAUAAGGCUAUAUUGCUUAGGCUCUUGCAAUAAAUGUAAGUUUUGCACCGGCACUGGCAAAAUGGUCCAUACCACCGAACGGAUAUCCUUGUUUUCCGCACAUUGUUAACCAUACCUUUUCCGUUUGAGAUGCUACCAGUAUAUCAUAUAUAUAGUAUAUGAAAUUCCGUUAGGAUGUCCUCUCCUGGCCAGAGAAAGGGGCUAAAUUCAGUUUCCUGCUUUAGAACACAACACAGUGACCCCGGCAGAUAUCAAUGGUAAACAACGCGGGUCUAGAGUCCAGACUGCUAACCGUCAGGCCACUGCGUAUUCUUGUUCUCUACAACUUUAACAGAAGUUUACAAAACCAGUAAAAUAAUGAAUCUGAAUUCUUAUUGAUAAACAUAUUUUGAUAGUGAGACGAUAUUUUUUAUCUAACAGCCGGGGUGUGAGGUGGAUGCUCAAAACCCUCACAAUCAGUCGGCACUUCAUUUAGCCGCCAAUGAAGGAUACUCAGUCAUGGUAGAAAUGUUGUUGGACUAUGGAGCCAAUGUGAACUUGGUGGAUAAUCACGGAGAUACGGCGCUUCACAUCAGUUUAAUGAUGGAACACGUACUACAGAGAAAUCCGGAAGUAAUGGUAACUAAGUAGCUUUAUAAAAUACCGUGCUGUGAGCCUGUUCUAGCAUUCAGUCAGUAAAUCAAAACUCGAUAGUAAACAGCGCCGUGAUCCUGGAGGAGUGAAGGGGUCAGGUCAAGCAUACCUUAGCUAUUUCACUCCUCCGCUACUAUGAAGUCUUUGGCCAUUACGCUCUGGUUUGCCAACUGAACGCCUGGAACAGGCCAACAAGCUGUCGAAGGUGACACUGUAUAUAUUAUCUCUCUUUUUCUCCCCUUUAGCGUGAUAGGAUUAGUAAAGUAAAAUAGUCAUAGCAUGGUUGGUUAUGCAUGUGUCGUUGCUUUUACCAAGAAGUUUAAAGGAAACUCAAAUGUUAGCUUAUGUGUUGUUCACAUCGGUUUAGACAACAAUACUGUUGUGAAGUAAAGUUACUAUUAUUUUCUUGCUUCAAGCGCUGCUGCUUUCUAACUUCGUGAAAACGACUAAGCGAGGAACGUAGAUAGACAAAUAAUUUCUACUAUCAGCCACACCCUUUGAGAAUCCUCCACCCGGUUAACUUUGCUAUGGCUUCACUGUAGUACACCGAUCUCAAAAGGGUUCUCACACUGCCUGCAAUUAGUACAAUUGAUGUACAGGGAAAGUUGAUCAAUUGGUUCUUUGUUAGUGUCUUUGGCCUUCUACACUGAAUGGUGAUGUUUUAUUUUAGUCUGGUCUGGAGUUACUACUUGGAGUACGAAAGAGCAGUGCGUCCUUUGUCGCUGUAUCACGCUGCUUGUUGAGCUAUGGAGCUGACGUGUGGAAAGUCAAUGGUUCAUGGGAAACACCGCUGACCAGAUGUCGAGGAUCAGAAGUUGAGCAACUCAUUCGGAAGAUUGCAGCCUGUGGACGGUAUUCAAAUGCUUUUGCGUAUUUUUUUUCUUAA